AUGAAAGGCGGCCGUGUCGGCUUCGUGCGUGCUAGCUCGUUGUCACACACGGGCAGCGCCGCAGCAGCACCGCGCGGAGGAUCGCGGGCAUCGUCAAGGACGACGGCAACAAACGCCGACUGUAACGCGCUUACUGCUUCCGCCACUACUGCUUCAGCCGCUGCCGCUUCGACUGCUGUUGCGGGGAACGGAGGAGCAGCGGGGUCUACGCCACCAAAGACAACAUCGUCAUGGGGGAGCCUUGGGCGCGGAGCCGGGAGGGGUGGACGGCAGCAGCGAUUCCUGCUUUCGGACAACGGGCGGCCCCCAAGGGGCAGCACCAAGAUAAUCGCCCUGCCGCUCCACGUCGUGGGCCUCCAGUUCCGCCAAAACCAGACCGACGACGCUUGGUCUUCGCCACGGAAGUCGAGCGCAACAACAGCGGCAAGCUCCCCGUCACCUCACGGAGAACAGCCGGCCGCUCCCGCAGCGUGCACGAACGAUGACAUCGGCAGUAACACGGUCUUGGAGCUCGAGCGCGAGCCCUACAACAGCCACGACCGCAACGCGAUCAAGGUGCUCCUUCCUGCGAAACCGCAGACCCCGCCACCGCCGCUGCUGCCGGGUUCCCAGCCCUCCGCCCCGUCCCGCUUCCUCGGGUAUAUCCCAGGCAGAAUCGCCGUGCUGCUGGCGCCGGUGGUGGACGCUUCGCCCGACCCUGUCGCACGGGUGACCCUCAAGACCGUCGAAGAGGAGGGGGGAGAAGCAGCGGGUGGAGGGACACGAAAUACCUUGCCGGCGCUGCUGGAAGUGCACCCGCUGGAUGGUGCUGGCCGGGAGCCGUUUUCCAGCUUGAUGGAGAAGUUAAGGGAUGCCGCGAGAAAAGAGGACAAGCGUCAGCACAAGAGGCGCAACGAGGCGAAGGCGAACAAGGACCGCCUGCGAUCGAAACAGAAGACGCUCCUUCUCGACUUCGGCAGGUCCUCCGGCGCAACCACUUCCAAAAGCGGUGGCUCGUCUUCCACAUCCACGUCCGGCUCUGCCCGAGGGGGAACGAUGUUGGAGAGCAUGCCCUGGGAGGUUCUGUGGCAGGUUUUCUGCAGCCCAGGAAUAUCGUCACGCGAGCUUUUCGGCCCCAUCCGCGGAGUCUGCGGCAACUGGAUGCGUGCGGUCGAUGUCAUGCCUUGCGCCGCGGCGCGCCGAGAGGUCGCCAAGGUCUGCGCCGGGGAGCCAACCGAAGCGGGGGACGGCGGUAGAGAACAAGAAGACGAGGGGGGGGGGGAGGGUGGAGAGCCGUCGGAGGCGUCGCCUUCAGCCGAGCAGGAGGAGGACGACCGGAAUGGCGAUGGAGGCGGCACCGACGAGGGGGGCGCCGCAGUAUCGGCGAUGGCAACGGGUGAUAAUGAUGGCGGCGGCGGAGGGCAAGCGGGGCAGGGCAACGUGGGUGGCGGCGGCAAGAGACGGCGACGGAUGCGCCGACACCUCGACGCGGUGAAGGUUCUCUGUGAAGAGUGGGGUCUACUGGGUGCAGGAGGUGCAUGCGCUGCUGCUUCUUCCGGUGGUGGUGCGAGCAGCGGCAGUGGAAAUGGCGGCGGGGUUGGGAGCUGGAGCGGGUGGGAGGCCUUCGGUCUGGCCAUCGCAACAUCGGCUUCGCGGGACCGGCUAUCACUCUGCUGCUGGGCGGUCAGGCCGCUCAUGGGCGAGGACACCGCCGACAGCAGCAGCGGGGGUGUCCAUGGCAGCGGCGGGGUACGGGAGCGACAGCGGCAGGCGCCCUCGUGCCCGGGCCUCCCGAGAGGCGAGGUGAUUGAGCUCCUGUGCCUGAUGCUAUGCGCGUUGCGGUCUUUGGAAGGCGGCGGCGGCGGCGGCGGCGGCGGCGGUGGCGGUGGAGACGGGCUCAUGGCACAAGCAGACGGGUCGACGAGGUUGAAGGCUGACCUGUUGGUGUGUGCGAGGGUGCUCGAGAACUGGGAUGUCAGGUUUCAAAAGCCUGGACAUCCAGGCGGUGGCGGUGGCGGCGGCGGUGACGGUGGCGGUGGCGGGGGAGCUAGCGGGCUCAUCUCGAACCUCACGGCGGAGCAGCGAAGCAUCGUGCUCGCAGACGUGAAGCCGGGGGGAGUUCUAACGGUCUUGGCAUUCGCGGGGACGGGAAAGACGACGUGCCUCAGGGCGUACGCGCAGGCGCGACCCCAUCUCAAAAUUCUUUACCUCACGUUCAACGUCAGCGUUCGUGAGGAGGCCGAGAAGACUUUCCCCCCCCACGUGGCGUGCAAGGGCGUUCACCAGCUCGCGUUUCGGUUCGUGGGCCGGCGGUUUCAGUCCAAGCUCAAGCCGGACCUGAGGGAGUCGGACGUGCAGGCGUUUCUGAACGACAGGCUGGGGAAGGACGGAGGAGCUUCGACGCAGCCCCCCCCCCCCGGGCCCUCAAGGAAACGUCGUCGGCGAGCCCCCUCUCCUGUGGAGGACGCCACCGUGCUGGAGUGGGCGGCGAUGGCUUGGACAGAGAUGCAAUCCACGGGACCCCCAGGGGGGGCUGGGUGGGGUGGGGGCGACGGAGAAGGAGCGGCAGCAGCGUCGCUCGGGAUGACCCACGCGGGCUACCUGAAGCUGUUCCAGCUGUCGCGGCCCUGCCUGGGCCGGACGUAUGACGUCAUCAUGCUGGACGAGGCGCAGGACUCGAACCCCUGCAUCGCGAGCAUCGUGCUGAGAGAGACGCGCUGCGCCAGGAUUCUGGUGGGGGACAGCCAUCAGGCUAUCUACGGUUUCAUCGGAGCAGAGGACCACCUAAAGCGAGUGGAAGGAGGGAAGAUUCAACACCUCACUCAGGUGUUCCGGUUUGACCAGUCGAUCGCUCACGUGGCCAACAGUCUCGUGGGCCCCCUGAAGAGGGAAACGAGGCCCUUGCUUGGCUGCGCCGGGAAGCAGGGCAAGGUAGUGCUUUCAGGUGGGACGGGGCUGGAAGUGUGGCAGGACCAGGAGCGCACAGUGAAGCGGCCGAUCGCGUUCCUCGCAAGAACGGUGUCUACCCUUGUGCACGCCGCGAUGUGGGCCAGGUCCCGAGGUGAAAAGGUUGCCUGGGUGGGCGGUGCGCAGGCCUACAGCCUGGAGGCGAUCGAAGACAUGUGCCUUAUGGCCAUGGGAAGGUCGUCGGAGGUGAAGCACGCCCUGCUCAAGAAGCUCAAGACCAUCAAGAAGCUCGUUCGCUUUAUUCAAGAGUCUGGAGACCGGCAGUGGGCCAACCGGCUGCGGAUGCUGGACGGAAAAGAUCCUCAAGCGUUGCUGUCAGAGCUUCGAGAGAUCCAGCGCAAGCAGGUUCAUCCCCGCGAGGCUGAUACUCUGUUGAGCACCGUCCACAAGGCCAAGGGCUUGGAAUUCGAUACGGUGGUCUUGGCGGACGACUUCAUCGAGGUGGAUGAUAUCCGCUGGACUACCGGGCCUUGUCCGCAGCCGGUGUGGGACUCGGAGGCGGAGAAGGAAGAGGUGAAUAUCCUUUACGUUGCUGUCACCCGGGCGAAACGCCGCCUCGUCGUGAACUCCUCCCUGCGCGCCUUUCUCCUCGUCACCGGAGCGUGGAACAGCGUCUCCUUGCGAGGCGUCGCCGGUCGCCGCACCCCCGGGGACGGCUCUUCAUCAUCCUCUCCCAUGGAUGAAGCUCGCAGCAGCAGCAGUCACUGCAACCUCUGCGGGAGGCACGCCGAUGCUGGCGGCGGAGGAAACCGCGUAGAUCUUCUUUCGAGAGCUCAAGCGGCUGAUGCACAGCAACUGGCAACAAGCGGAAGAGCAUUUGCCAACACCUUGAUCACCGCAAAUCAACGGGCGGGAGGGGGAGGGCUAUUGUACGCGGAAUCAGGGUCCCUGCGGCCGCUGUGCUGCUGCUGCGUGGAGGGUGUAGGUGGCGGCAGAGCGUCUGCCACCUUCGCCGCCGGCGCCGCUGAAGCAAGUCCUGGUAGUGAUGCCGCUGUUGGGACCGAGGACGAUAACGCCGGUGCCUUCUAUCCCCAUUCGCAACUUUCGAGGUUUCCGUAUAUAAGGGCUCUCGUGCGAGCGCGGUGAACUGGUGGGGUCAUUUGUCGGCGAGCAGGACGCGUUCAAGAACGAGGAACACCAUGGUUGUAAACACCAUGGUUGUCGGCUCUACGUCCUAAACGGCCGGGUCUGUCUGGAACAUCGAUCUAUUCGUUUGAUUCAAACGCUUUCCGUGUCUUCGAGAUGCUUGCUGUCUCUCAUCUUGUUGGGGCGUCCGCUGGGACCGCGAGCUAUGUGCAUUUUCAGGCGCGUUCGAACAAGAAACGGCCUAGUUUGAUCAGCUUCUAGCCCGACUUGAGUCUGUUUCCUCAUUUUUUUGUGAGUCUCUUACCUUGAUGUGCGCGUGCAGCAAAUGCCUCUUUGGCCGCAUUUUGCACACGUGGGGUAGUCCUUGGCAACCUGAUGAAGAGCCUGCACGAUGUCGCGUUUGUUGUGUAGCCCGCGGUUGUAUUGGCACAGAUCGAAGUCUUCACAGAGCUUUCGUGAUCCAACGUACCCUCUCCGAACGUUCGGGUGGGGGUACAGAAGGCUUGCUGGCUGCAUACAUGAACGCACGAGGAGUGUUGACU